UUCAAUCCCUAAUCUUUUAUCUAAAGAUUCGCCUUAAGUGUUUUAAAUGAGUAACGAAUUAAUUUUUCCCAAAAAAUUUCCCAAGUUUAACUACCUGGAAAAAGCAAAAUUUCAAAUGGGAAACUCACAUUUUAUUAGAAAAAACCCAUGAUCCUUCAAUGAAAUGUUUACAUACAUAUUUAGACCAUGCUAGCCAUUGAUAUUUGCUUUAUAAGAAGAAGUAUAUUUAUUUCAGAGCACAGUUCAAAAUUGACUAUAUUCAUAUUAGGUUGAGUCAAACUUACUUGCAGUGAAAAUUAUAAAAGAAAAUGUUUUUCAAAUAUUUCUACUCAUGGCUUGUGAUUCUAUUGAUAUUUUUCGUAUAUAAAACUGACGGAAGCAUCAUUCAUUUAUCAAAAGAUUCUAGAUUAUGGAAUAGUUUUCAGAUCAAACAAUGUCGUCAAAAAUGUUAUACAGAGAUUCUGCACGAAAAUUUUGUAAUUGGAAAUCCAUCAAAUUUCGAAAAAUGUCACAAAGUUCCAAAUUGUUUUAUGUGCUAUGAUUAUUGCCAGGCUCUCACGAAGGCUUCCAUGGAAUUGGGACAAUCAAUGUGUUCCGAUAUGUUUUACUGUUCUAAAGGAUGUCGCAUAGCAUGUCUUUAUCAUAAUAUCCAUACAUUUAAUGAAAUUAAAUAUAAAAUAUCAUAUACAUAAAUUAAAAACUCAAAAAUUAUAAAAAACGUUUUUAUCUUUUUAUAAAACAUACAUUAUUUUGAUAGCAAACAGUUACCUUGUUUUGUAUGGCAACA